CAGCCACGCGAAGAGAAACCCUAGCUGCUAGAACUCGCCGGAGAAUCAGGGAGAGCGGAGGACAUGGCGGCGGCGCUGGACAAGAUCAAGGCGUUCUGGGACUCGCAGUACCACAACGAGGAGAACUGGGCGCUCAACUAUAAGGUGCUAAAGGCUGCUGGUUUGUUUGCUGGAUCCAUCUUCCUGAUGCGCACCCAGGGUGACAAUAUGGUCAUCUAAACAAUAACGAUGGAUAUCUGGAGGAGCUGGUUGCUUGUCUUUUCUUCCAUUUGUUUUAUCAACAUGGGCAUCAUACAUGUUCUUUGUGUGGAUUAAGGAGAGCAACAGCUUUGUAAUAAUGGAAGCCAAGUAGUAUUA